UUGGCAACUCUUGACGUUGAAUUCCUCGAUAUUAACGAUUUAUGUUGGUUGAACGAGCAGUUACAAUGAAGUGUCGCGUGAUUUUUAAUUUUCCGAUAGAGCAACUUGCUGUAAUUAUUUUAUUUGUAACUGUAACUGUGGCAGCGGGCCAUAAGAUCGAAGAGAAGAGAUUGGGAGGUGAUCUAGUGAAAAACUUCUUUGGCUUGUUCGGGAACAAGCCGCCGAAUUCGGAGACGCCACCGGGGCCCUGUUACUGCAGCUGCGGAGUUAGAAACGAAGAGAGUAGGAUCGUAGGUGGUCAGACAACAGCAGUGAACGAGUACCCCUGGAUGGUCAGACUAUCAUAUCUCCACAAAUUCUACUGCGGCGGAUCCCUGAUCAACGAUCGUUACGUCCUGACAGCCGCCCACUGCGUCAAAGGAUUGAUGUGGUUUAUGAUUAAGGUGACAUUCGGCGAGCACGAUCGGUGCGACGAGAAGAUUCAACCCGAGUCCCGAUUCGUCGUUCGCGCGAUAACUGGUGAUUUCAAUUUCCUGGAUUACGACAAUGACAUCGCCCUGCUGAGGCUGAAUGAUCGGGUCCCACUGAGCAAUUCCAUCAGACCCAUCUGCCUUCCGUCUGUCCGCGAGGAGACAUAUGAAGGGGUCAAAGCCAUCGCCGCUGGCUGGGGAACUCUUAAAGAGGAUGGCAAGGUGUCGUGUGCCCUUCAAGGAGUUGAGGUCCCAGUGAUGGCUCAGGCGGCUUGUCGGAACACUAGUUACAAGCCUAGUAUGAUUUCUGAUAAUAUGCUGUGUGCGGGGUAUCCUGAUGGCAAGAAGGACUCCUGUCAGGGAGAUAGCGGUGGACCUCUGAUAGCCGAGAGGGACGACAAGAAAUACGAGGUGAUAGGGAUCAUUUCCUGGGGAAAUGGCUGCGCGAGACCGGGCUACCCUGGUGUCUACGCUCGUCUCACUCGCUAUUUAGAUUGGGUCCUUGCGAACUCCAAGGAUGGCUGCUUCUGUGAGACGUAGGG